UUUGCGUGAUCGUUACAAUGUAUCAUGUAGAGUGAGGAGUAGUAGCGCGAAUAAUUGAUGUGAAAUACUCCUAGUUUAUCUUUAAAUUUGCGUUUUCCCUGUCUAGAUAUUUUUACCUCUGCUGGGCGCGAAAAUAGCCGGAGCUUUGGGGGCGCUCUGUGUUUUCAAAGCCCGAAAUAGUCGCUGUCAGGACUACUGUUUUGUUGAUGUCAUCCGCGGCAGAGCUGUAGCGACCUUCAAUUUCUUGACAAGACCGGGAUAAACAAAGACUCAUUUUUUUGGCUGUCUAUUUGGUUUGCUUUAUUUGUCAGUGACACUAGCACCGAGGAUGGGACUUUUGUUGCCCUGUCUCCUGCUGUUAUCUGUCUCCACUUUCACAGCCGGUGUAGAUUUUCAGCAGGCAUCCAAACCCUUAGGACAGUCGCUUUUUGAGAGGCGCUCAUACAUUGAGGAGAAAGCUGCGAAAAUCGUCAAGAGGUCCCUGCCUGCAUGGCCGGCUCCUUCUUUGAAUCACCGGCGAAAACGAAGAAGCACCGAGGAGGGAGACUCCUGCGAGGCUCUGAAAGGAUCUGAGACUAAGUUAACAGACAACACCCACCUUUAUUCCUUCAGUGAUCUGAGUGGGUCUGUGUCACUAGCCUGGGUUGGAGAUAGCACAGGGGUGAUCCUGGCUCUGACUACAUUUCAGAUGCCUUUCUUCAUGUUAAAAUUCGGGCAGUCCAAGCUCUACCGGAGCGAGAACUAUGGGAAGACUUUCCUGGAUGUGACCAACAGCAUCAACAGCACCUUUAUCAGAUCAGAGUUUGGGAUAGCUAUUGGACCAGAGAACUCUGGGAAAGUGAUCCUGAUAGCAGAAGUGUCCGGAAAUCGUGCGACUCGGAUCUUUGUCUCAAGUGACUUUGGAAAAAGUUUCACCCACCAUGACUUACCCUUCAUUCCCAUGAUGCAGAUCACAUACAACCCUUCCAACUCCAAUGUGCUGCUGGUCCUCAGCAACAAGAAUGAACUGUGGUUGUCUGAAGACUUUGGCAGCAACUGGAAGAAGCUGCAUGACAUAGUGUGUCUGGUGAAAUGGGGAAGAAAAAAUACCAUCUUUUUUACAACCAGCAAUAAUGGAUCCUGCAGUGAUCGGGGGAUGCUGGAGCUGAAGAGAACGACAGACUACGGCAAAACCGUCAAGACUAUUGCCACUAAGAUCUUCUCAUUUGGCCUGGGUGGACGUUUCCUAUUUGCCUCUGUGAUGACAGGGAAGGGCACCCUGAGAAUGAUACACGUGUCCGUGGACCAUGGUGAGACAUGGAACAUGGCCCAGCUGCCACCAGUGGGUCACGAACAAUUUUACUCCAUCCUGGCAGCAAACGAUGACAUGGUCUUCAUGCAUGUUGAUGAGCCAGGAGAUACAGGAUUUGGUACCAUUUAUGCAUCAGAUGACCGGGGAACUGUGUAUUCCAAGUCCCUGGAGCGCCACCUUUACACCACCACAGGAGGCGAUACAGACUUCACCAAUAUCACCUCCCUGAGAGGAGUUUUCAUCACCAGCAUCUUAGAGAAAGAUAACUCUGUGCAGUCUGUGGUGUCCUUUGACAAUGGAGGGGAAUGGAAGUCCCUGCGGAAACCCGCAAACAGAAAGUGUGAUGCUACGGCCAAAGACCCAGACAAAUGCAGCCUCCAUAUUCACGCAUCCUACAGUAUAGCUAUGUGGCUGAACGUCCCUAUGCUGCCUCUGAGUGAGCCAAACGCUGUGGGUCUUAUCCUAGCUCAUGGGAGUGUUGGAGAUGCCAUUUCAGUGAUGAUUCCUGAUGUGUAUGUUUCUGAUGAUGGGGGCUACACCUGGCUAUUGGCCCUUAAUGGGCCCCAUCACUACGCCAUCCUGGACUCUGGAGGGCUGCUUGUUGCAGUGGAGCACAUUCCAAACCAGCCUAUUAAUAAGAUCAAAUUUUCUACUGAUGAAGGACAGUGCUGGGGUGUGUACACCUUCACCAAAGACCCAAUCUACUUCACCGGUCUAGCCUCAGAACCAGGAGCUCGCUCCAUGAACGUCAGUAUCUGGGGCUACAGAGACUCCAUCCUCAGCCAGUACUGGGUGUCCAUCACCAUCGACUUCAGGGAUCUUCUCACCAGAGUCUGCGAGGACAAGGACUAUGUGCAGUGGUUGGCGCACUCUGAUGACAUCAGUGAUCCUAAUGAUGGCUGCAUGCUGGGAUACAAAGAGAAGUUCCUGCGUCUUAGGAAGGACUCAGUCUGCUGGAAUGGACGGGAUUACGAAGUCAACAAGCAGCCGACCCCGUGUCCCUGCACCCUGGAUGACUUCCUGUGUGACUUUGGAUAUUAUCGUAAGGAAAACAGCUCUGAGUGUGUGGAGCAGCCGGACCUGAAGGGGAAAGUGUUGGAGUUCUGUCUGCACGGCAGAGAGGAGCAGCUGCAGACCAGCGGCUACAGAAAAAUCCCUGGAGAUAAAUGUGAGGGAGGAAAGAUGCCUGAGCGCAAAGAGAUUGACCUCAGAAAACACUGUGUGAGCGACCUAGUUGGUCCAGAGCUGACGGUAGAUAACCGCUCCUCCAGGCCCAUCCCCAUUGUGAUCACAGUCAUCAUCGUUAUGCUUCUGAGCAUCGCAGCAGGAGUCGUCUUCGUAAAGAAAUAUGUCUGUGGCGGCAGGUUCCUGGUUCACAGGUACUCUGUGCUGCAGCAGCAUGCUGAGGACAACGCUGCUGAGGGGAUGGACGACCCACUGGAGACCAACCACACUCAAAACGGAAAGAUUGAGUUUCACGAUGACUCAGACGAGGACCUGCUUGAAUAACUGGCACAACCUGUUGUGCAACCAAGCAACAACUUUCAAGCCCUCCCCUUGGCUGGUUGUUGUUUCCAUCCCUCCUUUGUCUCUGGCUGCUUCUUUUCACCUCCUGGUUUUGGCCUCGGCAUACAGGUGAAGCGUUUGUCCCUCUGCUGUCAUCUCUAAAGAAUAAUGAAUGUACCAAGGCUCUCUUGCUGUUACCGUGUCACCGUCGGCAGAACUAUGAAGGGGGUCUCAAGUUAUUGAUUUUAUCUGAGUUAUUUAUAGUAGGGAAAUAAGAAAUGAAGUGGUAAAUAAACUGCAGACAGAGCCAGAUCGGUGGGGGUUGAAGCAAUCUAGAUGUGUGAAUGUGUCACUUUUGGAUUCAGAGUUGUGUUUCCCCCGUUACCUGGGUGUGCUCCUGCAAAUAAGACCUCUGCCCCUCUCUGCUCAUGCACUUGUACAUAAACAGUUUUUAUGCCAUCUUUGAUGUGGUAUCAGUUUAGUUGGUGUUGGAAAGGUUGCUGUUGAAAGCUGGAUUAAAAACUCUCUACUUUUAGUGAAGUUUUGGUUCUGAAGUGUGCACCAGAAGUACAAAACUUUGUAAAUCCUAGCUUUUUAUCCUGCUCCUCCUCUAGGCACUGAUUUCUAAAAAUUCCCUUUUAUAAUCUGUAUUUGGAGUAUUAGCCUGCAUUUUUCCUUCUUUACAAUGAGAUCCAAUAAGACGCAAGUGGAAAUGUCCAUUUGCUUCUGGUUUGAUAGCAAUAAAAUCCUUAUAUGGGUGUACUGUCCAGUAACCACACAAAUAAUAUUACUUAUGUAUGUAGUUACUGUGUUUAAUGGAUGUACAUGCCUGACGCACAUAAUGCAUUCAUGUAUAGUUUUGGUUAAGUGUGUCUGUUUCAGGACAGAUUUUGCUCAAAAAUUGUCUAAAGCACAAGGUCUGUUGUGUUUUUAAGAUUUUAUAGUUGAACAUUUUCCUGAAUUUGACCUGAUUAUGAAAAUACAAGUAAACAUUACUGUAGUCAUGAGUUUGAGCAGUUUUUUUUUGAUAACUGACUUGUGUGACAAAAGACAAAUUAUGUUUAAGACAUUCAGAAAUGGCUGGAAAUAUUUUCUAGUUUGAUAGCAAAUAUGUACAAAUAUUUUGAAAUCUGAUUCAGAUGAAAACGUCAUCAUUUAGCGACAGCACAGCAGCAAUGAAAAUAAUAGUUUUGUAAAUGAUGUACAUCGUUAUGAACACUGUAGAAUACUAGGAGAGAGCAGACAUGGCUGAACUAGUUGCAUCACUGUUUUGUAAUAUUUGCAUUUAAGGUGUAGAAAUGUUUUCAAGUAAUUGAAGGUUUCUGAUGUGUGUCGCCCACAGUGAACUGCUAUUUUAUUUCUAAUCAUCCUGAUACUACUGUCAUUCUCAAGCAACUAAGUCUGGUUUAUUGUAUUUAUCAAGUCUUAGAGGUUUUUUUUUAUUUUAAAUGUUAAUUGCACAAUUAUUUGUCUUCUGUGUGUGAAAUAAUUGCUUUCAUAAAGGAUUUAUUUAUUCUUGAUUUUCCAGUUCAGAGUGCAGUAAGUUGGAUGUGGUUAUAUAAGUGCCUGGUGUGGGGAUAUGUUAUGGUGCCCUCCCAGUGUGGACAGCGGCUGUUUACUGGUAAUUAUUUAUAUCAACAACUGUGAAAAAGGAAUCAUCCAGUUUGUAAGUGACACGCUGAUGUUGCCCUCGUUACCUGAGAGGAUAUCUUGAACAGUAAAGGAAAGAUUCGUUUUAUAGGAGCGCUCACUGAACUCUAUGUUAACAUUCAGUUAUAUGUAAAUCCAAAAAAUUAAAACACUGGUUUGAUACAGGGUUAUAAUGUAGCUGCUUUACACUGGGAGACAGGCAAAUUUUUAUUUUAUGAUGGUUUUAUUGCAUUAAGUGAAAGUAACACAUUUUCUUACAGUUUCAAACUGCUGUAUAAAUCAAUAAUCAUUGUGAUGGUUCUGUAAAUAUACAAGGCUACAUCUUUGUAACAGAUAUGUUUCUCUUUUCUGUAUAUUUGAGGCAAUUUUCUUUGGGUUUGCCAAUAAAUUCAUAUGUUCCUCUA